CCUUUGCCUUUUUUUCUUUGCUCUCUUUAUGUGGUGGGGGUCCUGUGAUCAGGAAUCAAAGUUUGAAGAUCAGGUAAGAGGCCGGCAGCAGCUCGCAACCCCACCAAGCAGAUUGCCUGCAUCUGUGCUGACUGAGGACUGCUGCACACAAAGCAUGAAAAGUGUGGAUUCCGGGGGGCAAGAGCCUGCGUGGUGGGCUCUGCCGUCCCUGACCGGCCCAGGGAGAAAGGAACAACUCAGUCAGCAGUCCAAGGCCACUGGAGCGAUGAAAAGAUAAUUCUCCCCCCCACCGCUGCUGGACCUCAUGCAGCGUCAAAUCAUUUGUGAGCAGUGACACAGCCAGAUUGGGCCGAAAGGAUAUGAGUGGGAAACUUCAAAACCUGCUCAUGUUUCUGCAAACGUGAAAGGAUUUGUAUAACACAUUCAGAUUUGAUGGACUUUCCCAUGUUCAUUCUGGACAGCCCUUUUUUGUUGACAUGUUCAAAUAAUGAAUCUCUUAUGUGUAGAUCCCUUAUUCCCCCCUGCUCGCGACUCCUGUUCCUAGUUGUUGGGUAGGGAUGCUGUGCGGACCAUUCCAUCGUCUGUUCCGAGCUUAUGGAGAACCGCUGACUUGCUGGCUUUCAGGAACUAGGGGGCUGAAAUGGAACAUAUAUUUCUGAUUCUUUUACUGUUUAGUAAGACUUCAUCAAUUGGAGCUCAAUUCAAUGGAUACAACUGUGAUGCCAACUUUCACAGCCGUUUCCCUGCGGAGAGGGAUAUCAGUGUCUACUGUGGGGUGCAAACCAUCACCCUCAAGAUCAACUUCUGCCCUGUCCUCUUUUCUGGCUAUACAGACACCGACAUGGCCCUCAAUGGUCGCCAUGGGGACGCCCAUUGCCGUGGUUUCAUUAAUAACAACACUUUUCCCACAGUGGUAAUCUUUAGUAUCAGCCUGGCAACUCUUGAGUCCUGUGGGAAUUCCCUGGUGGUCUCCACAGCUCAAGGACCUAACGCUUAUGGCAACCUUUCACUGGUGCAGAUAGGAAACAUUUCAGGGUAUAUCGACACACCAGAUCCUCCCACCAUCAUCAGCUACCUGCCAGGUCUGCUUUACAAGUUCAGCUGCAGUUACCCGCUUGAAUACCUAGUGAACAACACACAGCUGGCCUCGUCAGCAGCUGCAAUCUCCGUAAAGGAAAGCAAUGGUACUUUCAUCAGCACGCUGAAUCUACUGCUUUACAAUGAUUCAACAUACAUUCAGCAGUUGACCAUCCCCAUGGCAGGACUGACCUUAAAGACCCGAGUGUUUGCAGCCGUAAAAGCCACUAACCUGGAUAGAAGAUGGAAUGUUUUAAUGGACUACUGUUACACCACACCCUCUGGAAACCCCAACGAUGACCUCCGCUACGAUCUUUUCUUUAGCUGUGAAAAAGAUGCCCAGACGUCCGUUUUUGAAAAUGGGAAGAGCCAAAUGGGCCGCUUUGCCUUUGAAGUAUUCCGCUUUGUAAAGCACAAGAAUCAGAAGAUGUCCACAGUCUUCCUACACUGUGUCACCAAACUGUGUCGAGCAGAUGACUGUCCAAUGCUCAUGCCAAUCUGUGGCAGCAGGAAAAAGAGAGAUGUUGAGGGAAACAAAUUAAACACUGCAUCUGGAAAUGCUGUCCUAACCGCCGGGCCAAUCAUCACUCGGAGUGAUGAAACCCCAACCAACAAUUCUCAACUGGCCCAUCUGAAAACUCCAGUGUUUCAGAUAAACACAGUGACAAGCGCGCUCAUCUCCGGAGUGAUCAUUCUGGCCGUCAUGAGUGUUUGCUUUUUCAUCUUCUCCCUCACUCUCCUCAAAGGGAAAAGUGCUCCUGUCAGUACCCUAUCUGGAGUCCGAAACCCAGCCUUCAACUGAGGACGUAAGGCAACUCAUUGCAGACCUCCACAACCGAAACUAAUCAGCGAGUGGAAAACAUGGCGUAUAUAGUCAUCUUGACAAGAGAAUGAAAGCUAAAUGUUGAUGUAGAUUUGUGCAAUGCGCAUUAGUGUAGAAGUAAAGCCUUUUAUGUUGUCCCGUACUUUGUGUUUCAGCCUUGUGGCAGGCUAGGCCUCAACCUGCCUGUAAUUUUUUGUUAUGCAGCUUUGACCGAUAUUAAUUAAAUACCUCAGCUAUACAGAUUUAAAAUGCAGGGUAUAGGAUGAAUUUAAAAGGUUUACAUUUAGGUAGUGUGUGAUCUGGUCUGUUGGUAACACUCCCUGCUUGGAGACUAAAAUAUGAGAACACCUCAUUUUGAUAAAUAUAUCUUGAGUGAAUGAGGGACUUUAAUUUAAAAUAAGUUUAAAAUCUUCAAUAAAGCUAUUCAGUGAACUAACAGAAAUCACCAGGCUUGGAUCUAAGCGUAAUGUUUUCUCAACAUAAAAUCUAACUUUUAAAAGUGUAUUUUUAUAAUAAUUGGAAUAACUCUGCAAUUUAUUAAUAUUGCUACAGUCUUGUAAUUAAUCAUUUGAGAAGUCUGUUCUAUCUAAAUAUGUAUUUAACUCAUUCUUAAAAUUGUUUCUGAAAAAGGAAAGUUUAAUUCGUACAUGUGCCCAAUUUACCCAUUUAAUUGUGUAUAACUCUUAUAAACUCUUAUGAUGCUAGUGAUGAUCUAUUCCUGAAAUGUACCAAUUGUGUACAAUUGUGCAUAUUGCAAAUAUUACGCUGUAACUUGUGAUUAAAACAUGCCCGGUGUCAUAUUUCUAAACAUA